CCGCCCCCCCUCUCGCUGAGGCGGCCCCGCCCCCGGCGCCAUGCCGAAGGUGGUGUCCCGCUCCGUGGUGUGCUCCGACACCCGCGACCGCGAGGAGUACGACGAUGGCGAGAAACCGCUGCACGUCUACUACUGCCUGUGCGGGCAGAUGGUGCUCGUGCUGGACUGCCAGCUGGAGAAGCUGCCCAUGAGGCCGCGGGACCGCGCCCGGGUGAUGGACGCCGCCAAACACGCGCACAAGUUCUGCAACGCCGAGGAGGAGGAGAGCGUCUUCCUGCGCAGGCCCGAAGGCAUAGAGCGGCAGUUCAGGAAGAAGUGCGGCAAGUGUGGACUGCUGCUCUUCUAUCAACACCAGCAGAAGAACGCUCCGGUGACGUUCAUCGUUGAUGGUGCUGUGGUCAAAUUUGGGCAGGGCUUUGGGAAAACAAACAUCUAUACGCAGAAGCAAGAACCUCCCAAAAAGGUGAUGAUGACCAAACGGACCAAAGACAUGGGCAAGUUCAGUUCUGUCACGGUCUCCACAAUUGAUGAAGAGGAGGAAGAGAUCGAAGCAAGGGAGAUUGCAGAUUCCUACGCGCAGAACGCAAAAGUGAUCGAGAAACAGCUGGAGCGGAAGGGAAUGAGCAAAAGAAGGCUACAGGAGUUGGCUGAGCUGGAAGCCAAGAAAGCGAAGAUGAAAGGAACUCUGAUUGAUAACCAGUUCAAAUAAAGCACUCUACGUCUGCUCUGUAUUUGGAGACAGGUGAAAACUACCAGGAACUUCAGCGGGUUUGUUCCCAAAGACCUUGUUCAAGAGCAGUGUGCUGCAGCCAGCUUGGAGGAUGAGUACCCCUCUGGUGUAGGCGAUGCUCUCCUGCCAAUUUUAUUAACUCAAAUAGCACUGGGGACUUUGCUGAAACUGCUUUUCUGCACAAUGGCAAGCAGUUCCAGCCAGAAUAUUUAGUUUUCAGAAAAUCUUUGCUCGAUGCCUUUGUGAGUUCAGUGCACCUUUACAUAUCUUUUUUAUUUUGAGAAUUUUCAAAUGUGUAAGACACCCAUAAAUGUACUGGAAGGUAGGACAAUUGUACAACAAAGAGAUCAUUACAAAAGUAAGCUAUGUUCUUGUUGUUCAUUUGGGUAUUUUUAAAAUGUGUUCAAAACCUGCAGCAUCCUCAGAGAGGUGCUAUUUCAACACAGGUUAGAAUGACUCUGAUGCAAGGUUUGGGGAUCAGGCUGCUUCUCACCCUGAGCAGCAGAGAGGCUGUCACAGGCAGUCAGCGCAAGCUUGGCUGGAGGUCUUAGUCCCUGGUGAACAUUGGAAAGCUGCAGUUGUACAGAAUUACACUGCCCAUUAUGAGAACAUGAAGUCAACCCUAUUUUAAGCUACUGAAAACAAAACCUGCCUGGUAUUACACCACUAACGAGUACAAAUAUAUAGCUGGAAACUACUGCGAUGAUUGCUGAUCGUUUAAGGUAGAAUACAGUUGCAUCUCUGAAUGUUCUGCAAAACAGUAGUUGCAGGUGUAAAACACAAAGAAAACUUGUGAAUGCAUUGACCAUUAAGGACUUGGACAAAGACAACAGUAAGAAUCUGUAUAAAAUGCAUUGUUUGGGAAAUACUACUUUGUAUACAUCACAUGAUGUAACUACACUUCACCCUGUGUCAUCCCCAUGUCAGUGUUGCUCUAUAUGGGAUUAAAUGUCAUGUUAUGGA